AUGGCACCACUUCGGACCCUGUGGUUGGCCUGGGCGCUGCUAGGAGUGGCCGGAGCGUGCCCGGAGCCCUGCGCCUGCGUGGACAAGUACGCUCACCAGUUCGCAGACUGCGCCUACAAGGAGUUGCGCGAGGUGCCAGAAGGACUGCCGGCCAACGUGACCACGCUUAGUCUGUCGGCCAACAAGAUCACCGUGCUACGGCGCGGGGCCUUCACCGACGUCACGCAGGUCACGUCACUUUGGCUGGCGCACAAUGAAGUGCGCACCGUGGAGUCAGGUGCACUGGCCAUGCUGAGCCAGCUUAAGAACCUCGACCUGAGUCACAACCUCAUAUCCAGCUUCCCGUGGAGCGACCUGCGUAACCUGAGCGCGCUGCAGCUGCUCAAAAUGAACCACAACCGCCUGGGCUCGCUGCCCCGGGACGCACUCGGCGCGCUGUCCGACUUGCGCUCGCUGCGCAUCAACAACAACCGGCUGCGUACUCUGGAGCCCGGCACCUUCGACGCGCUAAGCGCGCUGUCACACCUGCAACUCUAUCACAAUCCCUUCCACUGCGGAUGCGGCCUUGUGUGGCUACAGGCCUGGGCCGCGAGCACCCGGGUCUCCCUACCGGAGCCGGACUCCAUUGCAUGCGCCUCGCCUCCCGCGCUGCAGGGGGUGCUAGUGCUCCGUUUGCCGCCGGCCCUGCCCUGCGCACCGCCCAGCGUGCGUCUGAGCGCGGAGCCGCAGCCGGAGACGCCCGGCACUCCCCUGCGCGCCGGCCUGGCCUUCGUGUUGCACUGCUUAGCCGACGGCCAUCCCACUCCCCGCUUGCAGUGGCAACUUCAGAUUCCGGGUGGCACCGUAGUCUUACAGCCGCCGGCCCCGAGCGGGGAGGAUGAUGGGGACAGGGCGGAGGAGGGGGAGGGGAAAGGAGAUGGGGACGUGAUGACGCAGACCGAAGCGCCAACCCCGACUCCCGCACCCGCUUGGCCGGCGCCCCCAGCCACCCCCCGCUUCCUGGCCCUAGCAAAUGGCUCCCUGUUGGUGCCCCUCUUAAGCGCCAAGGAGGCAGGCGUCUACACAUGCCGUGCACACAAUGAGCUGGGCGCCAACUCCACAUCAGUACGUGUAGCGGUGGCAGCAGCCGGGCCCCCAAAGCAUGGCGCGGGUGGAGACCCCGAUGGACAGGUCCCGACCUCUGAGCGCAAGUCCACAGCCAAGGGCCGGGGCAACAGCGUCCUGCCCUCCAAACCCGAGGGCAGAAUCAAAGGCCAAGGCCUGGCCAGGGUCAGCGUCCUCGGAGAGCAGGAGGCAGAGCCGGAGGAGGAAGCAGGUGAAGGAGAGGAGGCAGAAGACCAGAUCCCUGCGGACCCGGCGGAGAAGCAGCACUGUGGCCACGGGGACCCCUCUCAGUACGUGUCCAACCACGCGUUCAACCAGAGCACGGAGCUCAAGCCACACGUCUUCGAGCUGGGUGUCAUCGCGUUGGACGUAGCGGAGCGCGAGGCACGGGUGCAGCUGACUCCGCUGGCGACGCGCUGGGGCCCUGGGCCCGGCGGGGCUGGGGGACCGGGGAGACCUGGGCGGCGGCCCCUGCGCCUGCUGUAUCUGUGCCCCUCAGGGGGUGGGGCGGCAGUGCAGUGGUCCCGUGUGGAGGAGGGCGUCAACGCCUACUGGUUUCGGGGCCUGCGGCCGGGCACCAACUACUCCGUGUGCCUGGCGCUGGCGGGCGAGGCCUGCCACGUGCAAGUGGUGUUUGCCACCAAGAAGGAGCUGCCGUCGCUGCUGGUCAUCGUGGCAGUGAGCGUGUUCCUGCUGGUCCUGGCCACCGUGCCCCUACUGGGCGCCGCCUGCUGUCACCUGCUGGCCAAGCACCCGGGCAAGCCAUACCGGCUCAUCCUGCGGCCUCAGGCCCCAGACCCCAUGGAGAAGCGCAUCGCCGCCGACUUUGACCCGCGUGCCUCGUACCUCGAGUCCGAGAAAAGCUACCCGGCAGGCGGCGAGGCGGGCGGCGAGGAGCCAGAGGAGACCACGGGGGAGGGCCUUGACGAGGACGCGGAGCAGGGGGCCCCAAGUGGAGGCCUGCAGAGGGAGGAGAGCCUGGCAGCCUGCUCACUGGUGGAGUCCCAGUCCAAGGCCAACCAGGAGGAGUUCGAGGCGGGCUCCGAGUACAGCGAUCGGCUGCCCCUGGGCGCGGAGGCCGUCGACAUCGCCCAGGAGAUUAACGGCAACUACAGGCAGACGGCCGGCUGA